AUGAAAACUGCUGAGGUUCUUAACAAGGACGCAUUUUAUGAUGAUCACAUUACGUUUAUGUCUAAGAUAUCAAGGCAGCAGACGGUAAUUGUCGGAAAUGAUGCGAAUACAAGUGUUGAAGAACAAUCCGAUGUGCUAGGAAUAUGGUACUAUCUCACGAAGCGAACAACGAGUUGUAAGUGGAAGCCGUCUGGUAGCUCUUUCCACGCAGACGAACUUCAUCAUUAUAAUAACGUUCGAGAUGAAUCAUCGACGCUAUCCGUUUACGUGGCAGAUACAACCACGCUAACGCCAGAAGAGCAGCGGAAGUGGAACAUGUCGACUUUUAAGCUUCAGCUGCGACUAGGUUCUAACAAAGGACAUCCCUUUGUCAGGCAUCCAAAAAUUGGAGCUCUCUGGGACAUCGCAUUCAAUUCUGACCACCGUCCAAUCCUUCUCAGCUCGAAGUUAUAG